UUUAGAAUUACGGUAUACCACGUGCUGUCUUGAAGUUGAUAGCCAUGGCAUUGUUCCCCGUGCCUCGUUACAUGGGAGAAGACGAGAAAGAAGGAACAGUAAGAUCUGUAAUGACCUUAAAGGAGCUCCAUACCAUUGCUAAAGAACGGGCCAAAUCAAUUACUGGAAGGGAAGCAGGUACUAUUAUAAAGAAAGAAGUGAGGGAAAUGGAUGUGGAUGACAACAAGAAAACUAAAGGGAAGAAAAGAAUGAAAAAACUUGAGCCUGACACAGAGAGCAGUGAGCAACUGAAGCCCAAGAAAAGAAAGCAUGAUGUGAAAGCAAGUGAAGAGACAAUGGAACAUGAUGAGGCGUGCAAUGAUGAUGGAGGUGAUGAUGAAACGGAGGAAAAUGACGAGGAAGAUAAUCCUUUACCAAUGGUGACGCAUUCUGAGAGAUAUCGCCCAUCGACACAACUGACCUAUCAUCACCUACCUGACUGGGUUACUCAGUCUCACCACAUUGAGUCAGACAUUGCCGAAUAUUCACAGUCUCUAGAAGACUUUGCUCUUAAUCCAAUCAUUACGGAUAACUUGCAUAAGAUGAGUGUCACCAGUUUAUUUCCUGUCCAGUGUGUAGUUCUACCAGAGCUCCUGUCUAGCUCUCACGGUCCAUUAUUAUCUACAGUUUCUGGAGCUCCCCCAUCAGAUAUGUGCAUAUGUGCUCCAACUGGCUGUGGAAAGACCUUGAGCUAUGUUGUGCCAAUUGUAUCUAGUUUAUUGAACAGAAUUACUCGAGAGUUGAAAGCUCUUGUAGUGGUCCCAUCUAAAGACCUUGCAUUACAGGUCUAUAAUGUAUUUGUGUCUGUUUCAAAAGGUACAAGAGUAAGGAUUGGUGCAGUAGGCUCUCAAAACACUAGCUUCAGUGUUGAGCAGAAACAACUGAUCAGUCAUCAUGGCCCGGCGGUUGAUGUAUUGGUAGCUACUCCUGGUCGUCUUGUUAGACAUUUGCAGGAGACACCAUUUCUUUCUUUAGCGUCUCUUCGGUAUCUAGUCAUUGACGAAGCUGAUAGGAUUUUUGAGCAGUCAUAUCACAAUUGGCUAAACACUGUAAUGGACUCCAUAAGAGAGACUCAUUCAUCCGGUCAUUGUCCUUUAUCUUCAUCUUGCAUACCCCGUAUGUACCCCGAAUUAUGGAAGCCAUCUUUCUCAAAGUCUUUAUUAAAACAUAAAGGAAUGCACACUGACUCCCAGCUCUCUUCCUCAAUUAAUGAUUUAAUAUACCCGGCAGCCGCUCCCCUACAGAAACUUCUCUUUUCAGCCACUCUCUCACUGGAUCCUGAGCAGCUCCACCUGCUACAGCUGUAUAGACCAAAGUUGUUUACUGCCACACCUGCAUUGCAAGAAGAUUUGGGUCAAUCAAUAUUGCCAUCAACUCUUAAAGAGUAUUCGAUAAGUUGCAGUUCUGACUAUAAGCCUCUUGUUCUCCUACAUCUCAUUCUUACCUUUGAUCAUCACAGGAUCCUUUGUUUUACGCACUCUCGUGAGUCCACCCAUCGCCUGACCCUCCUUUUAAAGGAGUAUGAUGCGCCUGUUGCUGAAAUAUCAGGAGACCUUUCGCAAGAAAAGAAAAACGAGCUAAUUAAGAAAUUAACUGGCAAAGAAAUAAAGGCUCUGGUUUGUUCUGAUGGUAUGGCUAGAGGUAUGGAUAUCCCCGGGAUCGACUGUGUCAUCAAUUACGAUGUGCCUAGUCACUUUCGUUCAUAUUUGCACAGAGUAGGAAGAACUGCAAGAGCUGGCGCUGAGGGAGCUGCUUAUACUCUAAAUACAUUUGAAGAGGUUCAUAAGUGGCAACGCAUGAUCAGAGAAGCAGGCAGGAAGCAAAUUGAAAAUGUAUCAAUUACUGAAGAUGAUUUAAAGCAAUAUGUAAUUAAAUAUUCAGAUGCACUGGAAUCUGUUGCUAACUCGAUAACUUGUAAACGUAAAUAAUUCUUUUUUUAAAAAGAAAAUAAAAUAAUUAUUUUUUA